AAUGUCUAGCCUCGGCUGCCGGUAUAUCUCCACCUACUCCAAAGCCGCAGGGACAUCGAAGGUCGCGAAGUAAUAAAGAAGGAAAGCGAACGGAGGUUGUUGAUUUCAGCCGGAGAAGAAUCUCUUGCGAUCUGCCGACGAGGAGUCCGACUCUUUCUGCGGAGAUACGUCGUUCGAGCUCCGUAAACUCUCCGUCGAAGAUCCAAAAAUCCCCGGCCCUAGUAGCGCGAUUGAUGGGACUGGAAGCGGUGCCGGCGAUGCCAGUUGAAGAACCGUCUAACGAGAAGAGGAGGAAGCUGUUGGGAGCGCUAGAGAAAUGUGAUAACGACUUGAAGGCUCUCAAGGACAUUAUCAUGGCGUUUCGGUCACCGGAAAGUGAUCAAUCGGCAACGGCGGUUGCAGGAAAUUGUCUGAAUCGAGACAAAGUAAAAACAAUUUCUGAACGGAAGUGUAGGGACUGUAACUGUAGCGAUAUAGAGAGGCAGCAGCAGCAUCCGAGUGCAGCGUCCGUGUUUAACGAGUCCAGUCGCUCGCAUCUGAACAGAAUCAACCGUACAGGCAGAGGGCGUGAAAAUGGACGACAAGAAACACAGCAACAGCCAAAGAAGAAGAACCCACCAGCAAUUGAAGGUGAGGACACAAUCUCCAUCUCCUCCUUGAACCCAAUUUCCAAAUUACAGGAACGGAUCAUAAAGUUGCAGCAGAUCAGCAGCAGCACACACUUAACAACGAUGAAGAAGGAGGAGAAGGAAAAGGAAAAGGAAAAGGAAGAUCCGGCAUUAACGUGGAGAAGCAAGGCCAUGGCGGAGAGCUUGGACGAAAUCUCCAACCAAAUCUCAUGGGGCUUCAAACACGAGAUGGCCAAAAUAGGUGUAUGAUGUUGUUGAACGAGACGAGAGGGUACUCG